AUGUGGUUCAAUGCUAAUGAAAGUCGUCAAGUUGCUGACUCAAGAUUACUUGCCUUGCAGGAUUACCGUGGUCCUGAUGAUAUGGUGUUCGUGGCCAACGCAAUACUACCGAUCCUGGAAGCAAACAAGGAUUAUCUUCAGUAUUUCGAUGAGGUCCUUUUGAGUAUCGAGUACCCCCAGCAGAGGAUUUGGCAGCCCACACAGACCUAUGGAGCAGCUACGACAAGGGCCUGGCCUGGCACUCCAGAGAGCUCCCUGAACCGCGAGUUCGACUACCACCACAUGCAGGAACAUGGCGGGCAACCCAAAACAGUCAACGACAUAAGCGCCGGCAACGCGACGUUCAGCGAGAAACUCCGUGCCGAGUUCGAUCCCGUUGUCGUCUUCGUGCUGUCGCCCGACAACGCUGCCCUUGCCGACCCGUGCCUUGGCAAAGACAUCUUCACUCAACGCGUCGACGGCGCCGAGGAAGUGGACAUCCUAGCAGAGGACAGCGCUGACAUCGUCUUCACGGCCAACCUGAUGCACUACUGCGACCAGCAGAAGGCAGUUGCCGCCAUCGUGGAGCAGCUCGGGCCCUGCGGCUGA